AUGGCUUCCAACCCGAAUAAUGUUCGAUCAAACCGAGCGUCCAACAUGGGUUCAUCGGGAUUGAACGGCGAGAGAACACGGGGCGCUCACGCGAGCAUGGGGAAGAGCUUCGGUGGUAGCAAUUCAGGGUGGAAUCCCGGUAUCUGGGCGAGCGGUUAUGAAGACCAGCACACCGCAGAAAAUGCCUUCGAGGGCAAGGCCGGUUCAAGCUCUCUACUGUCAUCUUCUGAAUCAGAUGGAUGGAACAGCCGUCCCAAUCUACCUUGGAACACGGUCAACACAUCAACGGCUACCUUAUCCCGAGCACCGAAUGGCGGCAUGACAACUUCUCCCGUGCAAACACGUUCAACUGAUCGCAGCGCGCCUGGUUUACAGGAAUCCACCGAUACCUCAUACUUCACUCUUCCCAAUUCGUCGGGAAUUGGGGCCCCGAACGGGGCGGCCGGGCACAAGGCUUACCUGAGCACUGGGUCUGACGGCAUCUCACCAUCAGGAGACGGAAUCAAUUUAAGCAAUUUCGGGACGAUGAGAAAUGGAGAAAACAGACGACAAGUAAACACGUCAGCAUUUGGAGGUAGCCCUGUGGGCUCUGGGUUCCCGAUAAAACCAGGAUUCACCAGUCCAUUGGACAACCAAAGGGUCGACGAAGUGACCACAUCGAUGGGCAUGUCUACCUUGCAGUCUGCGCUUCCUGACUACAUGACGCAGCAUAUUGGGCGGAACUCAUAUUCCCACUCUGCUCGUAACUCUGGUUCUUUCGCCCCACAAAGACCCUCGCACGCUACUUAUCCGUCAUUUCACUCAGAGACCCAGGGCUAUGAGGGCCGGUCUGGUAGCGGGUCCGUGGACCUUAACGGUGGAUUGAACAACUUGCAGAUCAAUGAUGGGGACUUCACUUCGCGUGCUCACAACCGUCCCGUAUAUUUACCCCACAAGUCCUACGACGCCGGUCUUGCACGUCUGAAGUAUCAAAACACUGGUGGGGAGGGCGAGUACCAGCUUGCUCCCACCUUCGUCAAUGAAGGUGUGCCCCCGACCGAGUUGCAACUAGGAUACCAGUCGAGCAGGUGCCGGGUUGCAGAUACAAACUCGAUAUCGCCGACGGAAUUCCGCAGGGAAACCUCGUUCUAUGAUAAUGGGCCACACUUUCGGAGUGGUUCUGCCAGUCAACCGGCGGGGAGCACGGUUGCACUGUUAGAACAGACGCUACGCGCCGAUCAGGAGCUUUCGCAACAACAGGGCAACCAACUCCAGAGGGUUGGAUUUCCCCCGUACGACCUUGUCGGAUAUCAAACGCAGAGGCUAAACGCCUUGUCUCCUUUCUACCCUGUAGCACACAUGGGCGCAGCAGCCAUCGUUUCCCGGGGCCAUCGUGACAAUGACCCUGCCCAAGUGGUGCGAAGCGCUGUACUGGAGGAAUUUAGGGCUCAAAAUAAAGGAAACAAACGUUAUGAGCUGAAGGAUAUAUAUGGUCACGUUGUGGAAUUCAGCGGCGAUCAGCACGGGUCACGCUUCAUCCAGCAAAAACUCGAGACGGCCAACAGCGACGAGAAGGAACAGGUUUUCCGUGAGAUCAGUUCGAACAGCUUACAAUUGAUGACCGAUGUAUUCGGCAAUUACGUUGUUCAGAAGCUCUUUGAGCACGGUAACCAAACGCAGAAGAAGAGCCUGGCGAACCAAAUGAAGGGACAUAUUUUAUCCCUUUCUACCCAGAUGUACGGAUGUCGCGUGGUGCAAAAGGCAUUGGAGCACAUCCUCACCGAUCAGCAAGCGUCGAUGGUCAAAGAACUCGAGACCCACGUGAUCCGCUGUGUACGGGACCAAAAUGGCAACCACGUCAUUCAAAAAGCCAUCGAGAGGGUGCCAUCAGAGUAUGUGCAAUUUAUCAUCAAUGCCUUCAAAGGCCAAGUUGAACGCCUUGCAACACACCCUUACGGGUGUCGGGUCAUCCAGCGCAUGCUUGAGCACUGCGAAGAAGUGGACCGAGAGUCCAUCCUGGGCGAACUGCAUGCCUGCACUCCCAAGUUGAUCACGGAUCAGUUUGGGAACUACGUGAUCCAGCAUGUGAUCGAAAACGGGGAAGAGAAGGACCGGUCGCGCAUGAUUGUGAUCGUUAUGUCGCAACUCUUGACCUACUCGAAGCACAAGUUCGCUAGCAACGUGGUCGAAAAGAGCCUUGAGUAUGGCGAGGAGUCUGAAAGUCGGCAGAUGAUCAGCAUGCUGACGGGCAUCAACGACCGAGGGGAGAGCCCUUUGCUGGGUCUGAUGCGUGAUCAGUACGGCAACUAUGUCAUCCAGAAGGUCCUCGGGCAGAUGGACGACUCGUCCGAUGAGAAGUACGCUCUUGCAGUGCGAAUCCAGCCGAUGCUUGACCAAUUGAAAAAGUACAGUUAUGGCAAGCAGAUUGUGGCUAUCGAGAAGUUGAUUGCGGGAGUUCUUCCACCUACAGGAGGGGCUCUCCCCCACACGGCGACCUCGACGACGCCCCCAAACUCGCACAAAUCCUCUCCCCAGCCUUCGAAGCGAGCGGUGAACGGUGUCGAGAACUGCAGGGCCCCUGUUGUCGGCGCGGCACCGCCGACCCCUCCUCCUACCGAUACUCAGAGCAAUACCGAUGGGUCUACGGAAUCCAAGCACAUUGCGAAAAGUACAGUGACCCCUUUGGCUGAAUGUGAAUCGGCCAACCCGGUCGCAAGCGACUCUGUUGAAGUCACCGGUGCCACAUAG